AUGUCUCUAGAUGAAGUCCUUUCACUUGGAACGGACUUGGUUGAACAAUGGGAACUAUUGCAUGGCUGCCACAUGACAGAUGCACAUCUGGAUGCGCGCAUGCUACAAACAAUGACAGACGCUGUGGUGCAGAUUCUCAUGCUGUACGAAGUAGCUGCUGAGUCCAUACUUGGAGGAUGGGAUGAGAUCGAGGAGCCUCAUGGUUGGGCUGGAGGUAUGUGUGUAACCAAGGCGGAUUGA